UUGAGUUACUACCUCUCGUUACCACCUGAAGGUGGCGCUGGGCGGAUUUUCAGAUUUUUUCUGAACAUAUGGGUGAUUCUCUGUUUCACAAUUCUUCUGCAGCUCCAGAUGACGAAUAUGAUUAUUUGAUAAAACUCCUAGCCCUUGGAGAUAGCAAUGUUGGAAAGACAAGUUUAUUAUAUCAGUACACUGAUAAUAUUUUCAAUCCACGAUUUACAACUACGGUUGGUGUAGAUUUUCGUCAGAAACGAUUAGUUCGAGAAAGUCGCGAUUCUGAAGGCCUUUUAGGACCGAAACAACGCUUGCAUUUACAAUUAUGGGAUACAGCUGGACAAGAACGUUAUCGAAGUUUAUGCACAGUAUUUUUACGUGAUGCAAUGGGAUUUUUAUUGGUAUUCGAUUUGACUAAUGAGAGUAGUUUACAAAAUUGUCGUGAAUGGAUGAAUUUAUUAUGUCAACAUGCUUAUUGUGAUCGUCCAGAUGUAGUUCUUGUUGGGAAUAAAUUUGAUCUAACCUCUGAACGUCAAGUAUCAAUGUCUGCUGCAAAUGCAAUGGCACGUGAACUCGAUGUACCUUAUAUUGAAACAAGUGCAGCAACCGGUUAUCAAGUGACAACUGCAGUGGAUCGUCUAUUAGAUUUAGUGAUGACUAGAAUUGAAGCAUCUGUCACUAAAGCACGUAUACACAACACUACAGAUGGUACAGCAAAUUUGAAAAAAUCUACUGCCAAAUCAAAUUGUGCUUGUUAGUCGUUGUUUGUUUGUGUGUGUGUGUGUGUGUGUGUGAUUAGGAUUCUAGACUACUCCAACUACUACUGGAUCUUCCUGACUGUGCGUGCGUGCGUGUGUGUGACCAAUUUUGUUUUCCUCAUAUCUAUUUAUAUUUUUCAAAUUGUCUCAUGUCUCUUGUGUUGCAGAAAUUUCCACUGCGUCCAUUUUGUCCAAUGUCAACAUUGUGUUAUAUUAUUCUUUGCCUAUUUGUGUAUGUGUAUCUCUCUCUGUGUGCUUGUGUGUAUGUUCAUGUAUACUGUACUUCAGUGCACACGUUUGUGACAAUGAACUUACUACUAACGCCGAUCAACUGGCGUGUAUCCGAUUUAAUUAACUAACUGUGUAAAAACUUGAUUGUAGCGAGAGCUCUAUGCACCAACUUGAUUCGAAUCGAUUGACUAUUCUACUUGUUAAUGAUUGUGCGUGCGUGUUUGUGUGUUGUGAUAAAGUUACCUCUUUUCUGUUUAUAUUGUCCUACUAUUAUACUCUAACUAUUCCUAGGACCAUUAACCUUUUCUCAUGAUCAUGACAUCUGUGAUUUAUGUAUGUGAUUGAAGAAGAGCACAGUUAAAUAGAGUGACAGUGUAUAAUCAUGUCCUGUAAAAAAUUACUCAGAGACAUCGAAUCUCUCUCUCUCUUCCUCUGUGUGUACGUCUUCUAUUGUAUUUCUUUUGUUGACGUUGUCUUCUAUGUGAUAUACCAACACACAACGCACACACACACGUGUGUGCGUUGUGUGUCAUCGAUCAGUUCGCUUAGCCCUGCCUCGCCUCACCUCGCCUCACUUCAUUUCAUUCCAAACAUUGUUGCUGUUGUUGGUGUUGUUGUGAUGAUGCUCAGUGAAUCUCUUCUUUGUAGACAUUCCAUUUUUUUGAAGCAUAUUUUUAUUAUUAUUGUACUACACAUCGAAUUGUUCGUUGUCUUUCGUAAUUUGCUUAUUACUACUACUACUACUAUUGCGAUCAUCGAAUACUACUUAAAUAUGACUUUAUUAUUAUUAUUGCUACUAUCAUGUAUGAUGUGUAUUUUUUCUGUCCAAUUCAAUUGCAAACUUAUUUCUUACUUUUGCUAUUGGAAUUUUGUUUUUACUUGGCUUUUCUUUUCUUUUCUCAUCUUGUCUUGUCUUGUAUUUUGUUCUGUUCUGUUUUGUCUCGUUUACUGAUGCCCUCCUCCUCAUGAUGGUUCCCUGCCGUCGGCACUUCCAACUGGUGUUGUUUUGUGCUGUGCUCUCCCGCCCUGCCCCCUUAGCCCAUUAUCGAUUAUGUUUAUGUAUACUUCUUACUGUACUGCUAGUAAAUAAUAAUGAAUUGUACUGCUUUCUGCGUGUUUUGUUCUGUUCUGUUCUGUUUCACUAUUUUUUCGCCUCGUGAUCAUAUUUUGACUGUAGUGUGUGUGUGUGUUUGUGUCUUGGCUUCUUUCGACUAGUCCUGUUAUUGAUCAUUUCACUGUUCUGUGUGUGUGUUUGUCUGUUGAAGAGACUAAUAUCGGUG